UUUUGAGUUGGGGCUAAAGGGUUUUUGUGAUUUGAAAGUAGAGUGAAUGGCUGUGCAGCCUAGUAACAGGCUUCGGAAUAUAUUGCAGACGGCGGUGCAAUCAGUUCAAUGGACGUACAGUAUUUUCUGGCAAAUUUGUCCCCAACAAGGGAUCUUAGUAUGGUCAGACGGAUACUACAAUGGAGCAAUCAAGACACGGAAGACAGUGCAACCGAUGGAGGUUACUUCGGAAGAGGCAUCCUUGCAAAGGAGCCAACAGCUUAGAGAAUUAUACGACUCAUUAUCGGCCGGAGAGAUGAACCAGCCGAUCCGGCGACCAUGCGCAGCGUUGUCGCCGGAGGACUUAACAGAAUCCGAGUGGUUCUAUUUGAUGUGCGUCUCAUUCUCUUUUCCUCCUGGAGUAGGGUUACCAGGAAAGGCAUAUGCAAGGAGGCAUCAUGUAUGGCUUGCAGGUGCAAAUGAGGUUGACAGUAAAACAUUUUCAAGAGCAAUUCUUGCUAAGAGUGCUCGUAUACAGACUGUGCUUUGCAUUCCUCUCCUUGAUGGUGUUCUUGAACUCGGCUCCACUAAAAAGGUUCAAGAGGAUGUAGAAUUAGUUCAACAUGUCAAAACCCUCUUCACGGAUCAUGAUCAUAACCCGAAUCCUCCUCCCCUGAAGCCCGCUCUCUCCAAACACUCCACCUCGGUCGCCUACACUCGCUUCCACUCUCCUGUCCUUCCUCCUAUGCACGCAGGUCUAAACCCUAACCUAGAGGACGAUGAUGAAGAAGAUGAAAAUGAUGAUGAUGAAGACGAUGGAAAACCCGAAUCGGACGACUCGGAAACGGAUCGAAAUAGAAACAUACAAACCGUAGCAGCUGAGAGAAGCGAGAUGAUGCAGUUUGAAAUGUCAGAAGAAAUCCGCCUAGGGUCACCAGACGAUGCAUCAAAUAACUUGGACACAGCUUUUCACAUGCUGGCCGUAAGUCGAAAUGGUAACCAGCAAGCCGACCAGCAGCGGCGAGCGGACUCGUUUAGAGAUGAGUCGAGUCGGGAGUGGCAAAUGCUUCAACAGUCAACAAACAGUGGCCUUCAGUCACGUUUUUCCGGGUCACGGUCACUGGAUAGACUACAACAAGAAAACACUCACUAUACUCGGACCGUGUCCAACGUCCUUGAAGGCCAACCAAUCCGUUGGACGGACUCAUCCUCAACCGGUUGUCCAACCAGCUCAAUCCAAUCAGCGUUUUACAAGUGGACAAACAACCACCAAUUCCAAGUGGCCGUCGAAGGCACGUCACAGUGUCUCCUCAAGUACAUUCUGUUCAGCGUUCCGUACCUCCAUGGCAAGUACCGAGACGAGAACUCUCCCAAGAUACGUGACACUGACGGUGGCACCAGGUUCAGCAAGGGGUUCCCACAGGAGGAGCUCGGCGCCAACCAUGUACAGGCGGAGAGGAGGCGACGCGAGAAGCUCAACGAACGCUUCAUUAUCUUAAAGUCUUUGGUUCUAUUCGUUACCAAAAUGGAUAAAGCUUCCAUAUUGGGGGACACCAUUGAGUACGUUAAGCAGUUACGUAAAAGGGUCGAAGAACUUGAAAAACAAAGCAAGGGAAUAGAAACCGACAACCAACGGCCGAGAUCAGCAGAUUCGCUGAACAGAACGAGUAGUUUGAAGGAGCUAAGAAGUGGAGUAACAGUGUCGGAAAGGGCACGGUCAUUGGAUCCAGAACCAAGGCCAGGGCGGGAUAAAAGGAAGAUGAGAAAAGUUCAAGGGGGCGGAGGUGAAGCUAAGCCGAUGACGGUUGAUUCAACGCAGCAGGAGCCGACGGUGGAGGUGUCUAUAAUAGAAAGCGAUGCAUUGUUGGAGUUGCAAUGCGGGUAUAGGGAAGGUUUGUUGCUUGAUAUAAUGAAGCUGUUAAGGGAAGAGCUUCGGAUUGAGAUAACCGCUGUUCAGUCUUUUUUGAAUAAUGGUGCGCUCGUAGCUGAGUUGACAGCCAAGGUGAAGGAUAAUGUAAACGCCAAGAAAGUAAGCAUAAAGGAGGUGAAGAGGGCCAUAAAUCAAAUAAUACAUUCAUUCUAAAGGAACCCUUUCUGGAGUCCAAUUAUGUUUGUCCGAAUCUAAUUAUUGAUUUUAAUAUAAAUGAUAUAACAGAACAGUGUAAAAAGAUUUCCUUACUUUAGU